UUGGAUUAAUUAAAUUGCUUGAUAUUUAAUAAGCAAAUAUUUAGAUUCAUGGUAAAGAUAUGUAGGUAUGAAUAAUUCAUAACGUACGAAAGAAUUCGGUAAACAUGUGCGCGCAGUACGUCUGGGCAUGGGAGGCUGUGUGCGCCAGAGGCUGCGCACGCGCUUUUCAUCCAAGCACCAGCAAAAUGCUCUCAGUCGCGCGGGAAACAUCGCGGCGGGCACACACUUUUAUACUACGCCACGUUAUUAUUACUCUACAUUAAUAUCUCGAUCAAAUUCACGAUAUAUAUUACGAGAUCGAACGUGCGUCGAGUUUUUUGUGUUCAUGACUGCUGUGAUUGUACGUCAGAAAGGCAUGAUGGCCAUCUGAACGGAUAUUUUUUUGAAAAAACGUGAAAAACUAAAAUCAUUCCAAAUGAAGAUGACUGUGAAUCGUAUAAGGGUGGUUGUGCUGGGGAGUCCACGGAGCGGGAAAUCUGCCGUGGUUGUACGCUAUCUGACGAAAAGGUAUAUCGGAGAAUAUAGUUCGACAGGAGAUUUCCUCUACCAGCACAGGGUUGCAUUUGAUGGAGUUGUUUCUGAAGUAGAAAUACUGGACACUUCAAAUUGUGCCAUUCGUGGGUGUUUGGCUGAGCACGUGCGGUGGGGCGAUGCCUUCGCCGUGGUAUAUUCGGUGUGUGAGCGCCGCUCCUUCCUCGCGGCUGCUGAGUUAUUAUCUCUGUUAGAACGAACUCGACUGUCAGGAUGUGCUGCUGUCACCCUCUUGGGAAACAAACGUGACCUCGAACACGCCAGGGAGGUCCAUGCAGAGGAGGGUCAGGAGUUGUCGUUGCGGUUCGGUUGUCAGUUCUACGAGGUGUCCGCGGCGGAGUCGUGUGCGGGCGCGGCGCUCGCCUUCCACGCGCUGCUCCGAGAGGCGCGCGCGCUCGCUCUGCUGCUGCCCGCGCCCAGACGCAAGCUCGCUGCCUAUUCCGUCUCCAAGGUAAUCGGAACGAUAUUCGGCAAGAACAGCAAGAGCGUGCGAAAGAAACGACCAUCUCUUAGUAUUUAAAUAAUAAUUAAAUUAAUUAAUUUAGUCCUAAAUAUCCACCAGACUGUUUUGUGUAAUAUUACUUUUAAGUUAUUUUUAAAUAUCUCUAUCAUCGAUGAUAGACAUUAAACCGAACUAAACACAAUUGUUGCACAGUCACAAAUUCACAAGAAAAUAUAUCUUUACGGCCAUUUCUUAUAGGAUAGUUAAUUUUGUAAAUAUUUUCACUUUUUUUUUUGUGUAAAUUGUAAGAUAAACACCUCGCAUUAGUGUUAUCAAAUUUCUCAUAAUUUUGUAAAUAUUAAAUUAUAUUAUAAGAAUACAAUUAUUUUUACGAUAUGAUACAUUUAAAAAUAAAAUAAAAAUAAAUAAAUACAAAAAAAAA